AGAAAGUUAUAUCAACAAGAUAAGUUAAUGUUUUAUCUUUCGGUAUAAACGAGCGACCACUUAAUGAGCCUUCUUCAGUUGAAGGUCAGAAUGUCGGCCAAUGCACGCUGACUCAAAGAAAGCUGCUCGUUUGUAACCUUACUUUUUGCUUGACCCUGACGAGAAGUAUAAUAUUUUACUGCACGAGCUACCUGAAAUAUAGUUGGAAUACAGCCGAUAAAUAUGGAGAUAAUACCUCUUUCGUAUGACCUCUUUGAGCCAAAGUUUAUUCAAGAAGAACGCUGCCCCAUCAUCCUCACGCACGGUCUCUUUUGGAAUAAAUACCUCUUGCGAGGACUAGCUGAAGAGUUGAGCCAAGAAACUGGAAGAAAGGUAUACAGUUUGGAUCUUCGGAACCAUGGAGAGACCCCAUCUUCAGAUGACUGCGAUCUUUAUUUGAUGGUCGAAGAUGUCAAAGUGUUUCUUCGAGAUGAAGGAUUGUCUAAAGUCACCUUUGUUUGUCACAGCUUAUCCUGCACUAUUGGGUACUUGAUAGCUUUGGAGCAUCCCGAAGUUGUUGAAAAAAUCGUAAUGAUAGAUCAUCCACCGUUUAGUGAUCCCACAAUCACCUUCUUCAGGGACAAUGUGAAUCCACAGUUUCUUGCACAAAAUCGCUUCCUGAAAUCUUUGGACCCUUCAUUAUCUUUAGUUGAUGCAAAAAGAAAAAUUCUCGAUCUUUCCAAAGGAGCAACCAAAGGUCAAACCCUUUUUCUGGAGAAAGUGGCCCAUGAUUUGACUAAAGAAGGCAACAAAUUCAAAUGGAAAACGGACAUCCAAUUCUUAAUCGACAGAUAUAAAGAAGGAGCUUUUACCGUGCCUCACCGAGGUUCGUCUAAUCACGAUAUACUUAUCAUCAGGUGUAAAGACUCAUUAAGGAUAUCUGACCUGAAAUUUCAAGCAGUCCUCAAACAUAACCCGAAAGCUCGGAUAAUAACUUUUGAUGAUACUACGCACCUUUUAAUGCUUGAAAGACAGAAAGAUUUUGUGGCUGAAGUAAAAAAGUUUCUCUCUGAUGAAAGCGGAUUGUUUUAAAAUCCGCACAAUUAGUGGGUAAAAUUACGGAAAUAUGUUGCUUCGCACCCAAGAAUAAUACGCUAUGCUCAUAUAUCUUUGAGGACAUUCAUAAACAGCAAUGUGUUGGCAAACGCAAUAUCUCAACUAUUCAGGAAUGGAACAUGCAAUAGUAUAAUCGAAAGUUUCAAAUAACUGUCUUUGUUUAUGUACUGAGAAAAUUUAAAUAAAAA